CCCAUCAAAGCCCAAUGCAGUCACUGUUUCGUGAAGUGCAAAGUGAUGCCGUCAAUUUCAACACAGAAAGAAAACCAGAAGCCUGACUAUGAUGUAAGGCUUUGCAUGUCAAAGAUGUCUGGACAAAUUCAUUCAGCUGGUUGUAAUUGUAAUGCCGGGGAAGGUGAAUCUUGCAGCCAUAUAGCUGGGAUGCUGUAUGGCUUAGUGGAUCUGGCUGAAAAGAAGAAAGAUGGCUUAGAUUCAUCAACUUCAAGUGAAUGCUGGUGGAUUAAACCAUCAAGGAAAAGGAAACUAAGUCCUCGAAGAUCUCAAGACCUGACAUUUAAAAAACAUAAGUUCAAUGACUCUAAACCUCGGCCAGUAAAGGAGAACAUUAAGGAUAAAUCCGAAAAGACAGUGAAACCAGUGAACAUUCAAAACUUUAGUGAAAAACUUAUGAGUGUAAACAAACAUUCGGCAUGGCUUUAUACACACAAAUUCUCUCUACCGAAGUCCACACAAGAAACUAUUAUUGAAAUACCUAAGCUUCACAAUGUUGACUUUAUGUUUAAGGACAGUGAAGAUUUAAGUGACCAGUCUUGUGUGUCAAAGUUUACCAGUUACUUUAGUACCUUGAGUGUGAGUGAAGCUGAGUGUGAAAUAAUUAAAAGCGAAACGAAAGGACAAUCAAACAACAGUUCCUGGCAUAUUGCAAGAAAAGGCCGCUUAACCACAUCAAAUUUUGGAGUAGUUUGCAAGCGGAAACCAGAAACGCCGCCAGAAAAUUUGGUCAAGGUAUUAAUGAACUACACAGAUCAAUUUGAUGGCCCAAGCGUUUGUUGGGGGCGUUCUCAUGAACAUGCUGCACUCAGGAUCUAUGAGGACAAUUUAAAAAAAUGUCAUGACACUUUCUCAUGUAGCCAAAGUGGAUUAUGUGUCAACAACAAAUAUCCGCAUCUUGGUGCCAGCCCAGACGGAUUGACAUCUUGUUUAUGUUGUGGUGAGGGUUUGGUCGAGGUUAAAUGCCCAUUUACAUGGAGAUUCAAAACCCCUCUGGAAGCCAGCAGUGAUCCCCUUUUUCCUUGUUAUAUCCACGAUGGAAGACCAAAACUCAAGCAGAACCAUUACUACUAUUUUCAAAUUCAAGGACAGAUGGCUAUAUGUCAGCGCAAUUAUUGUGACUUUUUUGUGUGGACACUAAAGGGAUUUGCGUUGGAAAGAAUCAAAUUUGACAUUCAGUUUUGGGAGGAGUGUUUACAUAAGUUAAACUCAUUUUAUCUGAAGGCAAUUAUUCCAGAACUGUUUUCAGAGCGUGUUAAAAGGGGACUGCAAUUAUAUUAAUCUGAAAAGUUAGUCUGAAAAGUUAACCAUUUAUGUAACAACACAUUUUGGACAUUUCCAAAUUCUAAGAAUUAUUAAUGAAUCAGGUAUCAGGAGUUAU